UUAAUUUAAGAGGUUGGUUUUUUCAAACUUGCUACUCCCCCACAAGAAAGCAAAAUCCUAGCUGCCUUUAAAUAGCAGAAAGGAGGGAAAGAUGCUCUUCCAGCUAGUGAUGAAUGUGUGGAGUAAGGAUGCACGCGUAAGGGCCACUUGUUCAGAAAUUACUUUGAGCCAAGAAGUUUUGAAAGAUGGUUUCCACAGAGACCUUUUAAUAAAAGUGAGAUUUGGAGAGAGCAUUGAGGAUUUACAGACCUGCCAACUCUUAAUUAAACAGCCUAUCCCGACAGGACUGUUUGUGGAUCCAUAUGAAUUGGCUUCAUUACGAGAGAGAAACAUAACUGAGGCAGUGAUGGUUUCAGAAAAUUUUGAUAUAGAAGCUCCUAACUAUUUGUCCAAGGAAUCUGAAAUUCUCCUUUAUGCCAAACAAGAUUCACAAUGCGUUGAUUGUUUCCAAGCCUUUUUGCCUGUUCACUACCGCUAUCAUCGGCCACACAGCAAAGAUGGAGAAACCUUUAUUGUGGUCAAUAACCCAGAUUUACUGAUGUACUGUGACCAAGAGUUUCCAAUUUUGAAAUGCUGGGCUCAGUCAGAAGUGGCAGCUCCUUGUGCUUUGAGGAAUAAGGAUAUCUGCCAAUGGAAAAAUAUGAAAUAUAAAUCAGUAUAUAAGAAUGUGACUCUACAGGUCCCAGUGGGACUGACUCUACAUACCUCUUUAGUAUGUUCUGUGACUCUGCUUAUUACAGUCCUGUGUUCUACUUUGAUCCUUAUAGCUGUUUUCAAAUAUGGUCAUUUUUCUCUAUAAGUUUUUUGAAGUUAAACACUUUCCGUAAACCUAAAUAAGACCUAUUCAUUUGUCUCUAGAAGUGUUUUUUUAGAAUUAUGUGAUUACUUUUGUCUUUUGUCUCCAUUUAUUUUUUUAAAAAUGUAUUUAAUGGAAUUAUGGCUGAAAUUAUGUUUGCUCGGGAAACUUUGGAUUAUUGUCAGCUGAUUCCAAAAUUUAGUGUUCUAUUGUGUAGAUUAUUGAUAAUCCUCAAACAUCGAGUGCCAAUAGAGGAAACUUAAUUUUGUUAAAUAUUUAUUUUAUGAGAAGUGACUUUAUCUUCAUUUUGGGCAAAUGAGGCAAAUUAUUCUCUUUUUGUGAAAAGGACCCUUUCAAUUUAAGAUAAAAAUUGAGAAAACCAUUAUAAAUAAGAAUAAAAUAAUUUGGAUGAA